AUGCACGAGCGGCCGAGGCAUGUUAGCGUUUAUAGGCAUGCGCCAAAAAUUUUUGGACUCAGAUUUAAGGUUGCUUCAAGGGUAUUGCUCACGUUUGAAGCGAUUCUUGGAAAACUGCUUCUAGUCAUUUCUAUUUGCUCGAUUAUAUAUUCUCAUAGUUGGUAUCCAGUAUUCGUUAAUUUCUCGUUUUUCGCGUUUGUCGUCUUCUCGAUUAUUAAUUAUAAUAAAAGUUUGUCGAGCAAAUCAUGCAUUCUAUUAUUUCCGAUGCUCACUUAUCAGGUUGUUACGAUGACUUGGCUCGUUUUGUGGAUUUACGCGUCGCUGAAUGCUGUCAUGAUUGGAGAUUUUGAUGCCCUUAAAUGGCUGGGAGGUCCACAGGAAGAUGUUGUACCGACAGCCUCACAUCCAUAUGAGCCGUAUAAAAAUAACCCUAAUAGGGCCAAAGCUAUAAAAUAUGGCUCGAUAAUAUUUGCACUAACAAUGCUCAUAAUUGUACUCAAGAUCUUUGCAUUCAUCAUUGCAAAGAGGACAUUCUUCCAAAUUCAAAAAAUGCAAAUUGAAGAAAUGCUCGAAGAAGACAAGGCGAAUUGUGAAACUGCAAGCGAGAUAUCAAAUAUCGGCGGCCUCUCGCCGUCGUUUCCAAUUGCCUACCGCAAUCGGCCGCCUAGAAUGGAAGUGGUCGAUGAGGUGAUGGUCGAAGAAUAUCCGCCGACGCCAAGCCCGGUGCCAAGGAGAUAUGCAAUUCCCAAAUUUGGCGAAUCGACCAUUUGA